GCAAUCUGGAGGAGGGAGUUGAGCUAUUGGCGCAGGCGCAGUACUGCUGGAAGGACUUAUCAGUGUUGGAGGAACUCAACAGGUCGGGCAGAAUCGAUAGAGCGAAAUACAUAAUCGAUGUUUUGGGCCAAGACCCUCCAUGGGACACUGGACCGAUCAGCCCAGGCACCGUACACCCGAAGGGCCGAAGAUUUUGCGCAGGCGUAGUGCCGCUGGAGGACCGGACAUUUCGCGCAGGCGUAGUACUGCUGGAGGGCCAAUAAUUUCACGCAGGCGCAGUGUCGCUGGAGGACCCAGUAUUUGGCGCAGGCGUAGUGCCGCUGGAGGACCGAUCCGCUUAGGCGCCGAGCUGCUGGAGGACCGAACAUUUAGCACAGGCGCAGUGCCUUGGGGCCUAGUCUUUUCCCUUCUCCAUUGUGUCGGACGCCGCGUUCGCUCGUUCGCCCCGGGGGCCAUGGGUUCGGCCCCGCCGCCUCCGACCAGCGCCGCCGCCGCUGCCGCGGCCGCAGCCGCAGCGGCCGCCUCGGCCUCGGCCAGCCGCCGCCACUCGUGCUACCUGUGCGACCUGCCGCGGAUGCCGUGGGCCAUGAUCUGGGACUUCUCGCAGGCCGUGUGCCGCGGCUGCGUCAACUACGAGGGCGCCGACCGCAUCGAGCGCGUCAUCGAGCAGGCGCGCCACCUCAAGCGGGCACAUGGGCUGCCGGCCCCCGCCGCCGCCGCCGCCGCCGUGCCCCCGGCCCAGGCCCCGCCGCCCCGCUCGCCCGCGCCCCGGCCCCCCGCCCCGCACCCGCACCGCCUCCUGCUUCCCGACUACCCGCCCCCCGGUCCCGAGCUCCCGGCCGCUCGCCGCCCGCUGCUCGGCCCCGCCGCCGCCCUGCUGGGCCUGAGCCCCGGCCCCGGGCCCGCGCCCGCCCUCGGCCUGGAGUUGGGCCGCCGGCCCGAGCUGGAGCGGGCCCUGCGGGAGAAACCCGGCGGGGCCGCCUCCUCCUCGACCCCCGGAGGGGAGGCCUUGGCCGAGCUGGGCCGCGCCCUCCGCCACCGCGCCGAGGAGUGGGCCGGGCGGCCAGCCGCCGUGCGGGACUCACUGCUCGGCCUGUCCGAGUGUGCCCCCUUCGCCCUCCGCCUACGGGCCGACCCUUCCCUCACCGCCCGGGUGCUGGCCUUCGACGCGGCCGAGAGGCCCCAGGACCGGGCGCUGGAGCUGCGCCUCCUGAUCGAGUACCCGAGCGGCUCGGGCUCCGUGCACUGCGGGGCGACCGAGGCUUGCCGCCGGAUGCUGAACGACAGCAGCAAGGAGAGGCCGGGCAGCCCGGGCCUCGACUGCCUGGAGUAUCAGAGGAGGUCCGGGGGCUCGGGUGACUGGCGGCCCCUCUCCCAGCUGCUGACCGAGGGCACCCGCCUCUUCAAGGAGGCCCUGCCCGCUGACCUUCUGCCCGAAGCCCACUCGGGCGGCCUUGGCCUGCCGGGGGGCCAGGCCCGGCCAGGGACUCGCCGCCGAAAGGCUUCGCCAGAUGGUGAGCCAGAGGCAGCGGGCAAGGCAGGCGACGGGCAGCCGUGGGCGGCUGGCGGUGAGGGAGGGGCUCAAGUGGGCCACUCGCCCGUGGCCUUGGUCAGCAGCAGCGCCGCUGACCCCAAGGAAACCGGCCAGCCCGUGCAUUCCACCACGGCCCCUGGACACAGCGGCCAGCGACGGCUGACACCCCGCAACGGCGAGCCUGGGGUCCCGGACUCUGGCCAUGCCAGCGAGGUGCAGGGGGCCCCCGACUCCUCCAACGGGCCCCUGUGCUGCACCAUCUGCCACCAGCGGCUGGAGGACACCCACUUUGUCCAGUGCCCCUCGGUGCCUGCCCACAAGUUCUGCUUCCCCUGCUCACGGGAGAGCAUCAAGGCCCAGGGGGCGGGCGGUGAGGUGUACUGCCCCAGUGGCGAGAAGUGCCCGCUGGUCGGCUCCAGCGUGCCCUGGGCGUUCAUGCAGGGCGAGAUCGCCACCAUCCUGGCCGGUGACAUUAAGGUGAAGAAGGAACGGGACCCCUGAACUGUUGCACUGCUUGGGUCAUCUGUGUAAACUGAAGCACUCUUCCCGAGGGCCUGGGUUGCCUUCCUAACCAAAAUUAUUCACCUGUUUGGGCGGAGUCCUAGAAAAAAAAAUUGACUGUGUUGGGUGUAUUUGCCAAAUUCCACAGUCUGAGGCGACCUGGAAGGGUGUCUGCCAACUGACUACAGAAUGAAACUGCUUCAAUUGGUAACGUGGAUCCUCCGAGGAGCCUGGGCUUGUAUCCGCUGGGCACCCAGCACAAGGACUACCAUCUGGUUAUUCAAGUUGGUUCAUCGGACUCUUGUUGGACAUGCAAUUGUGUGUGCGUGUUUCUAUGUUGUGAAAUAUUGCUCUGGUAGUGUGAGAAAGCGUACCCGAGCAGUUUGGUUGACCUGCCGUUCCCUCGUGCUAUCCGCCCUCGCCUUUGUGGACGGUGAAGGUUCGAGCAUCGUUCGUUGACCCGAGUGCCCCCCGGCUCAGUUUGCAGAGCUCAGCCAGCCUGCUGAUGGUCAAACUUAUUGCUGGCUGCGACUCUCUGCCGGAGCAGAUGCAUGGUGUUCUGAAGUGGACUGUCAGAGCUGUACAGACGAGUCUGGAAAGGGAUAGUGGGUGCGACUUGUGUUCCUGAAUUAGCCCUUGUUGUCAGGGCUUCAACUGCAGCUGUAUAGCCGGCAAGAUCUCAACCAAGUCCAGUUUGUGUUGAAUUGUUUUGUUGUAACUCAUGGAUAGUGAGAGAUUUUAUCAUAAAUGUGUAUCGCGAGAACCCUGAUUGAGGAAUGGGGGGAUUUCCAGAGGAGCUUGGAACCCUGGGGAGGGGGGAGGUUGAGGAAGGGGCUGUCUGGGUAGCCUGUGAACGGCAGCUGCCCGACAAGCUGAGAGUGGCGUCUUUGUUUCAGUGUUGCCAGCAGGUCGAAUACUCGGCCAGUCUCCAGGGAGAAUGGUCUUGUGCCCAAAUAUCAGGCAGGGAUUUGUCUUUUAAUUAGUACAAAAAGUUAAACCUUGCAGAGUAGUGUCAAACAUGGAAUGUGUAACCCUUUGGAGUUUUACUGUGUUCCCAAAACACAUUCGCUGCUUCAAAGGCAAAGUAUAACAUGGACUCCACAUCCAUGAGGGGAGGGUGAAGUGUGGCCCUAGCUUGUUUCGAGCUUUACCCUGGUUUAUUGACUGGUGGUGUCACGAUUGUCAUAAUGAGGCGCUUGGGAACUAUCUUGUUCCUCUGUUUUGCGUCAGUCACGAACAAAUCAGCCUGAAGAAUCAUAACCUAUCAGCCUCCAGUUGGCGGGCAGAACUCUGGUAGUCCUCCCAAAAAUUCUGUUACACCUUGACUAGCCAACCCCCCCCCCCCCCGAAUCUGUCCCGCAGUGGGACUUCAAUCUUUUUAUUUUUGAGUUCGGGCAAAGUCUGUUGCCAUGCAAGUCUGGCAGAGCUACCAGUGAAACUGAAACAAGACAGUUCUGGGCUGCCGCAGGAGUUCGGUGUAAUUCACGGUUGUUUGAGUGGGAUUGGGGAUUGUAAUCAAAAUGUGAUUCAUCAUGGCAGACAGCGUGGUUUGCUGUUUCAUCAUCUCCUGUUACGUGUAUCAAAAAUACUACUGUUUGAAAACUUUAAUUUAAAAACUACUGCCCCCUUGCAAGUAAAUUUCUGGGCAAGUUUCAAUAGUGUCACUGUAAGGAUUUCAUGGUGGUCUGAUUAACCAGUGUGUUUUCUCUUAAUUCCUGUGAUUGUACUGCCUGCUUCUUCCACACCCCAUGUUGUAAUAAUCUGUAAUUAUGUUAACUUGUGAUAAUCAUGAUUUAAUUUUUUUAUGCAGUGGCAUACAAAGUUUGGGCACCCCGGUCAAAGUUCCUGUAACUGUGAAUAGUUAAGUGAGUAGAAGAUGAACUGAUUUCCAAAAGUCAUAGUUAAAGAUGAAACAUUUCUUCAUUUUAAGCAAGAAUUGAUGUAUUGUUUUUGUUUUGUACAAUUUUAGAGUGGGGGAUAAAAGGAAAGGAGCAUCAUGCAAAAGUUUGGGCACCCUAAGAGAUUUGAGCUCAGAUAACUUUUACCAAGGUCUCAGACCUUAAUUAGCCUGUUAGGGUUAUGGCUUGUUCACAGUCAUCCUUAGGAAGGGCCAGGUGAUGCAAAUUUCAAAGUUUUAUAAAUACCCUGACACCUCAAACCUUGUCCCAACAAUCAGCAGCCAUGGGCUCCUCUAAGCAGCUGCCUAGCACUCUGAAAUUAAAAUAAAUAAUGCCCACAAAGCAGGAGAAGACUAUAAGAAGACAGCAAUGUGUUUUCAGGUAGCCGUUUCCUCAGUUCAUAAUGUAAUUAAGAAAUGGCAGUUAACAGGAACAGUGGAAGUCAAGUUGUGGUCUGGAAGACCAGGAAAACUUUCUGAGAGAACUGCUCGUAGGAUUGCUAGCCCAUUUGACUGCAUUAGACCUUCAAGAAGAUUUAGCAGACUCUGGAGUGGUGGUGCAGUGUUCUACUGUGCAGUGACACCUGCACAAAUAUGACCUUCAUGGAAGAGUCAUCAGAAGAAAACCUUUCCUGUGUCCUCACCACAAAAUUCAGCAUCAGAAGUUUGCAAAGGAACAUCUAAACAAACCUGAUGCAUUUUGGAAACAAGUCCUGUGGACUGAUGAAGUUAAAAUAAAACUUUUUGGUCACAAUGAGCAAAGGUACGUUUGGAAAAAAAGGGUGCAGAAUUACAUGAAAAGAACACCUCUCCAACUGUUAAGCACGGGGGUGGAUCGAUCGUGCUUUGGGCUUGUGUUGCAGCCAGUGGCACGGGGAACAUUUCACUGGCAGAGGGAAGAAUGAAUUCAAUUAAUUACAAAGAAGUUCUGGAAGCAAACAUCACACUGUAAAAAAAAGCUUAAGAUGAAAAGAGGAUGGCUUCUACAACAGGAUAAUGAUCCUAAACACACCUCAAAAUCCACAAUGGACUACCUCAAGAGGCGCAAGCUGAAGGUUUUGCCAUGGGCCUCACAGUCCCCUGACCUAAACAUUGAAAAUCUGUGGAUAGACAUAAUGAGCAGUGCAUGCAAGAUGGCCCAAGAAUCUCACAGAACUAGAAGCCUUUUGUAAGGAAGAAUGGGCGAAAAUCCCCCAAACAAGAAUUGAAAGACUCUGAGCUGGCUGCAGUAAGUGUUUACAAGCUGUGAUACUUGCCAAAGGGGGUGUGACUAAGUACUGACCAUGCACGGUGCCCAAACUUUUGCUUCGGGCCCUUUUCCUCUUUUGUUAUUUUGAAACUGUAAAAGAUAGAAAUAAUAAAGUAAU